UUUGGCAGACACAUUGCAUUGUUCUUUUUGCCUCGCGUUUUUCGUUGGAUUUAUGAAGACCAAAUUUAAAUUUUCCCGAUAAAAGUAGUUGAUUUUGUCUCGAAAAACUUGGCAAUAUUCCGAUACGUGCCGGGAAGUUGUUCGCCUCUUGAAGUUUUGCGAUUUCAUUCAAGUGCAUAGGGUAACGAUGGCUGAUUCUUCGGCAACUGACAACUGGAUCAAAAAAGCGGAUGACCAGGAAAUUUCAUCGCUGGUUAAUGAGUUGAAUCUGAAGGCACAGGAUGAAAAAUCUUCCGAUAGUUUACAGAAGAAGUCGGAAGAAGCGAAACCGGGCACACCCGACGCGGCAUCGGAAUCUAACCCUACAUCGGACGACAAGAAAGGAAACUCGGAACCGGUUUCGCCCGAGAAAGUGCCAGUUACCCUACAAGCGGCCGUAGUUGCAGCACAGGGUGACCAGGACGCACCGAGCGAUAACGGCGAUCCGGACGAUGCAGAAAAGUACAACCCUGCCGAUGCCAGUUUGCUGAUGAAAAUCAUCCGUAAAGGUUUGAUUGAAUCCAAGCUCGAUCUGGAGGUUCAAAGGAAAGAUCCAACUUCACCGUUGUACUCUGUGAAAUCCUUCGAAGCGUUGCACUUGAAACCGGAAUUGCUUCAGGGUGUCUACGCGAUGGGUUUCAAUGCUCCGUCCAAGAUUCAGGAAACGGCACUUCCAACACUGCUCGCCGAUCCUCCUCAGAAUAUGAUCGCCCAAAGUCAAUCGGGAACCGGUAAAACUGCAGCCUUCGUAUUGGCUAUGCUAAGCCGGGUGAAUCCGUUGAAGAAUUAUCCUCAAGUUAUUUGUUUAUCGCCUACCUAUGAGUUGGCUAUACAGACUGGUGAAGUUGCCGCACGAAUGGCCAAAUUUUGUCCGGAGAUUAAGCUACGAUAUGCCGUCCGCGGAGAGGACAUUGUCAAGGGAUCCAAGCUAACGGAUCAUAUCAUCAUCGGGACACCCGGUAAACUGAUGGAUUGGGGUAUCAAAUUCCGGGCAUUCGAUCUGAAGAAGAUAUCCGUUUUCGUGUUGGACGAGGCGGACGUUAUGAUUGCCACCCAGGGCCACCAGGAUCAGUGUAUUCGUAUUCACAAGCAAUUGUCCUCUUCCUGUCAGAUGAUGUUUUUCUCGGCCACCUAUGAGAAGGAGGUGAUGGAAUUUGCCGAGUAUAUUGUACCGAACCCGAUUGUGAUUAGACUAGCCCGCGAACAGGAAUCUUUGGAUAACAUCAAACAGUACUAUGUCAAGUGUCGCAACCAGGAAGACAAGUACCAGGCUAUUUCCAACAUCUACGGUGUCAUCACUGUAGGCCAAGCAAUUAUUUUCUGUCAUACUCGCAAAACCGCCAGCUGGCUGUCGGCUAAGAUGUCUGCGGAUAAACAUUCGGUUGCCGUUUUGUCCGGCGAUUUGACGGUGGAACAACGGCUAGCUGUUCUAGAUAGAUUCCGCGCCGGCCUGGAGAAAGUUCUUAUCACCACUAAUGUUUUAUCACGAGGAAUUGAUGUCGAGCAAGUUACCAUUGUAGUUAACUUUGACCUCCCGAUGGAUAUGAAUCAGAAGGCUGAUUGCGAAACGUAUCUGCAUAGAAUUGGACGUACCGGAAGAUUCGGUAAAAACGGAAUAGCCAUCAACUUGGUUGAUAGCGAUCGAAGCAUGCAGAUCUGCAGGUCGAUUGAAAGCCAUUUCCAGAAAAAGAUUCACUUGUUGGAUGCAGAAAAUGCUGAUGAGAUCGAAAAGAUCGGAUCGUAAUAAGAAAUCGGACGAACGAACGGAAUUUGAGAAAAUCGACGCUCAAUAUGCCUUUUUGAACUAUGCUCUGCUAACUGUUCGUUUAUAUGAAUUCAACUUGUUUCAUAUGCGGCACACCUAUGUGAGUGUGUUUGCGGAUAAAGACAGGUGAGAUUAUAUGUAUCGAAGGACAAAAAAUAAAGCGCUGAAAACGCAUCGAAAGGAAAAUAGUUGAAAACUAUGAGCCCUUUUACCAUAAAUCUACUAUAACAAGAAAAAUUCCAAUCAAGCUUAAGUAACUUAAAAAUCAAAUUAAGUCAAGCUUGAUCAAGCUUAAGUAACCUAAAAUACAUCAGCUCGGAAGAUACAACAAAAACAAACAGUAAUAUAUGCGUCUAUUGAACUGAGCCAAUCUAAAGAAAAAAUUAAUUACACCCAAGCCUUGUUGUUUAAGUAGCAUCACUCAGAGUGAUUUGAAAUCAGAUAAGGUAAAAAAACAUAAUUUAUCGUUUAUUUGCGAAACUUAGUAGGUACCAUUUUUUUGUAGUUUUUUUUUCUCAAACUGUUUUUGACAGAAAAUUUCAAUAAGAAAACAAGAGCUUGGAAUGUUGGAUAUGUUUAUUUCAUAACCGUAUCAUCUACAUCAAAAUAUUUGUUUAAAAUUCUUUCUAAUGUAUUUAAAACUGGUAAAAUCUAUUAAACGUUUUAAAACUCA